GAUAUCGACGGCGACGACCGAGACGUUAGCAAGCGCGCCAGGCGAACUCCAGACGAGUCCAAGUUCGCCUUUACCAAACACAAGAUUUCCUACCUCCUCCUCCAUCCCUUACUGGUCGAGAUCUCUGAGCUCAAGUCUGAGUACAGUGUCGACAUCAACUUCGCCUACAACAAACUUCUCCUCUCUCCUAAGCUCCCCCAAUUCCCUCGCCAGCUCUGGAAACCGGUUCUCCUUGGGCAGUCCGUCUGCUUUGACCGACUCUACUCGGCGUUGUGUGCUCCCAACGGGGACAUCUCGGAAUCUAAGCAGCUCGGCGAGUAUGAGGUUAUCUCCGACGCCCUCAAGAUCACUCACAAGGUCACCAGAGCCGAAGAAUGGCACAGGGUAUUCCACCGGUACUCGAAGGCCGUCGAGUUCGUCUAUCCUUGUCGGAUCGACGAGCUGCGUGAAUACUGCGACUAUAUCACGACCGUCUUCCAAACUACUGCCUCCGUCUACCACAACCGGGUUAUCGGGUACGACAGACAGGUCCGUGAGCGAGUCGGCUCCACGAACGACACCCUCCUCACCGAAAUUAGUCGUUUCUCGGACUUGCAUCUCUUCUGGCUCUCUUCCCUCGGAGCCGGUUUCGCCUCGCUCGCAUCGACCACAGCCGGCUCUUCUAGGAAAGCGACCCGCGUCUCCCACCUUACCGUGCCCGGCUCCGAAGUAUGCAAGAGGUUCAAUAGAGGCGAAGCCCACGGCGACCGAUGCAAGUACGACCAUGUUUGCCUCGAGUGCGGUCGCACAGGCCAUGGUCGCCAUUCCUGC